CAGGAACUGGAAGAGAAGAGAAAAGCCUUUGUUCGACCAGAAUUCGACUAUGCUACAAAGACAACGAUCUGUGGAACUCGAGUCACCAAAAAGAAGAGAAAAGAAAUGUACCAAAUUGAGGCGAACAACUACUUCGACAAAGCAGAGCUCAUAUUGUACGAAGAAGUUUGUCGAAUUCCUCCUUUCGAAAGGAAAACAUUGGUUCUUGUUGGUGCUCAAGGUGUCGGUCGACGAACACUCAAACAAAGAUUGACCUCUUAUGAUUCUGAUCGAUUUUCAUCUCCCUUGCCCCACACUUCACGUCCGAUCCGAGAAAAUGAACAAGAUGGUAAAGUUUAUCAUUUUGUCAAGCGAGAAAUAAUGGAAGCCGAUAUUGGUGAACAUAAAUACCUUGAAUGGGGUCAGUUCGAUGGUCACUUAUAUGGUACCAAAUUAGAUUCCAUUCGAGCCAUCAUCAGAUCGGGUAAAAUGUGUAUCCUUGAUUGUAAUCCUCAGGUAGGAAAUUCUGUCAACACCCUUACAACAAGAUGAUCAACAACAAGAAAAGU